CCGACGUUUCUUCUUCUGGCCAUGGCGCCGACGAGCUGCACUGCUGCCCGGACUCUGCCUGCCUCUCGGGAGCGGCGCUGCGUUCCCUGGCCAGCGCGCUCCAGCGCUGCGCGUUGGCCAGCGCGGCGGGCGCCGAGGAGGCCUGGCGGUGGCUUGGCCACCCCGCCGGCUCGACCAGCGAGGAGCAGGAGGCGGCUCUGCCCAGGAUCAGGGCGCUGCUGGUGGUGCUGGACCUGACGGCCAGGGAGCGCCCCGAGCUGGCGGCAGGGGCGGGCCUCGCGUACCUCGCGCUCCUCUCGCUGGAGGGCGCCGAGGGGCACGGGCACAUCCUGUUCCAGCCAGCGCUGCUCCAGAGUGCCCUGCGGGCCCUGAGGGUUCUGCAGAGGAGGCCGUUGGUCCCCGACGAGGACGGCGCUCCGCAGGCACACGCCGACGCCAGCGCGCUCUCCGCCGACGCGGGGGGCGCAGCGGCGCGGCACGCGCGGGGAGCCGUCGAGGAGCUGCGGGCAGAGGAGCUGCUGAAGCGCUUCGCGUCGCUCCCCCGCGGCGGCCGCGCGGUCCUCUGCGCCGAGGCCGCGACGCUCGCUCUGCCCGAGCUCACGGCGCUCGUCGCACGGCCCGCGGCGGAGCACGUGGCCAGGGAGGCCGCGCAGGCCGUGGAGGCCAUCGUGGCCUCUGCCGCCCGCCGGCGGAAAGUGGCGGUCGCCGCGCUCCAUGCGCUGCUGCCCUCCCUGCUCAUGACGCAGGACACUGUGCCCCCGUCCACGCGGUCCGUGCCCUGCAUGCUCCGCCAGUCACGCGCAGCAGCCCUGGAGCUGGCCUGUCGCCUCGUCCGGGGCUGCCCCGAGCUGCUGGCGCCCAGCGGCGACCAGCCGCACGACACGCCCACGGACAGCGACGACCAGUCGCACGGGACGCCCGCGGAGGGGCAGCAGGCUGGCGGCGAGGGGCUGGACGAGCCGGUAUUGGCGUUGCUGCAGAGGCUCUGCGCGCUGGCCCACGACAGGUCCGAGUGGCGCGCCGCGGCGGCGGAGAGCGUCGCCGCGCUGCUGCGCGAGGCCGUCGCCGCCGAGGCCGCCGUGGCACGGAGCGCUGCGGAGCGCGGCGCGGGCGAUUGCGGCCCCGUGCCCAGGAAGAGGUCGCUGGUGCCCGCGCCUCUGGGUGAGGCCGCUGGCUGGGCAGGGGGGCCCCGGGUGCUGAGCGGGUUCCUGGCGUUCCUAGAGAAGCUGCUCCAGUGCGAGCGGGUCUCCUCCAGGGGCGUUGCGGUGGAGACAGCAGUGGCGCUCUUGGAGCAGCGGGAGGGCCCCAUCGUGCCCAGCGACCCAGCUGCUUGGACCGCGGUAGCCGCGCGGUGCGCCGCCGCGGUGGCCGAGCGCUGCGCCGACUCGGCCCCCGCGGUGAGGUGCCGCGCCCUGCAGGCCGCGGCACGGCUGCUGCGGAACGCCGAUGGCGCUGGCGCGCCUGGGAUGCCCGCGCAGCUCGCGGCGAGACUGUUCAGCGCCGGCGCGAGGGACGAGAAGCCGAUGGUGCGCCACGCGGCCCUCUCCCUGCUGGACUCGCUGCUGCCCGAGCUCGCGGCGGGCCGCCAGGCUGGAGGCCCGGACGGCGCCGACUCCCUGGCGGCGGACCUCGCGCCUCUCCCCGCGCUCGCGGGGGACGAGUCCUCGCUGGUGCGGCGGGCCGCCGCCGCCAGCAUCUCCCUGCUCCUCAGGCGGCUGCCCACGGGCGACACCCGCCGCAUGUGGGCGGAGUGCGUGCUGCCCCUGGUGGCGGACGACGAGCCCUCCGUGGCCGAGCAGGCGCUGAGCGGCGUCGACGAGGCCAUCUUCCGGCCCCUGCUGGCGGCGGGCGAGCCCGCGGCGCGCCAGGCCGCGCCGACGGCGGUGGCGGCGCUGCUGGAUGCGCUGUCGGGCGAGGCCUGCGAGUUCCUCCGGCGGGCCCUGCGCUGCCUCGAGGGGCGCGGGCAGAGCGGCCGGCCCGCGGCGCUGGCGGCGCCGCUGUGCGCGAUCGCCUCUGGCUGCGUCCGGGAGCGGGCCGCAGGCGAGUGGCCGGAGGCAGUGUGGGUCCUGCUCGAGGAGAUCGCGUCCGCCCACCCGGCCGCGGUGCGUCCGGAGCCGGCCGUGGCGGCGUGGGACUGCCUGAGCCAGGGCGCCAGGGGCGGAUGCCUCGCAGUCGGCCCCCGCGAGACGAGCGCCGGGGUCCUCGUGCUGCGCGCCAUGGGUCACACGGCCGCCUCCGCCGCGGCGCCGGUCGCGGCCAGGCUGCUGCAGGAGCUCCGCGGCCUGCUCGCCUCCUUCGCCGCGCCCGCCUGCUGGGCGCGGGAGAUGCUGCGCCUCGAGGGGCUGCUGGCCGCGCGGCGGGACGUCGCUGGCUGCGGGGCCGCGGCGUGGGGCGCCGAGCUGCUGCGGCGGAGCGGCGAGGUGCUGGAGCAGCUGCGCUCCGGGGCCGCCGUGGGCCCCCAGGAGCUCAACGGCGCCCUCUUCGCGGUCGGGGAGCUGGCGCCGCACGCCGGGCGGCAGGGGCACGUGGCGGGCUACUGCGUGGAGGCCACCGCCAGACUCCUGCAGGGCAUCGCGUUUGGCACGGACGGCCAGCAGGUGGGCCCCUCGGCCCGCGGGCACGCCGUGGCCGCCUUCGGGAAGCUCUGCCUGCAGAGGGAGGCGCUCGCCAAGUCGUCGGUGGAGCUGCUGGUGCUGCACCUGGAGGGCAGGCAGCCGUUCGUGGUGCGGAACAACAUCGUCGUCAUCCUCGGCGACCUGUGCCAGCAGUACACGUCGCUGGUGGAGCAGUUCGUGCCGCGCAUCUCCGACCUGCUGCGGGACGGGAGCGAGCUGCUGCGGAGGCAGGUGCUGACCACGCUGGCGUCCCUGGUGUCCGACGGCUUCAUUCGCUUCCGCGGUUCCAUCGUGCUGAGGUUCCUGUACUCGCUCGGUGACCUGGCCUUCCAGGUCCGGAAGCUGGUGGAGUGCAUCUUUGACCGCGUGUUGUGCCCGCGCUGCCCAGACCUCUUCGGCCAUGCUCUGAUCGACAUGAUCUGCCUGCUGAACGGCUGGAGCGGCCUCCCCGGCAGCGCCGCGGAUGGAAACCAGGCCUUCUCGCUGGCCACAGCGCCGCGGCGCCGCGCCAUGGUGUACUCUUUCAUGAUGGGCCGCUUGACCUUGUCGCAGAGGUUUGCCGCCUGCAUCCGCCUCGUCUCCAAGCUGCUCGCGCCCUUCGUCUCCGAGGAGGGCCCGCUGGAUGUUCCCAUGGCGCGGCACGAGGCGCCCGGGCGCGUCAUGUGCGACUGCCUCGCGCUCCUGGGGUGCAGGGAGGCACGCGCCUGCCUCGCCGCCGCGGGCCCGGCGGCGCCCGACGACGAGGGAGACGCGGCCGGCGCCAGUGCUGGGAGGAGGCCCGUGGGCGCCCUGCACGGUGCCGUCAAGCAGGUGCUCUGCGAAGAGGUCUGCCCGGUGCUGGCGGAGCUGCGGGAGCGCCUGGCCGCGAGGCGCAGCCCGCUGCUGGGCGACCUGACGCGCUGCCUGCGCCGCCUGCUGGCCGACCACCCCGAGGAGCUGCCCGAGCUCUUCCCCGGCGACCCCCAGCUCGCCGCGGAGCUGGCCUUCGACAUCCGCGCCGCAGCCCACGAGCGGGGCCGCCCCGCCGCGGCCGAGGGCGUCACGCCGCUGGCGGCGGCCCUGGCGGCGGUGGGCAGCCCCGCGCCGGGCGGCCUGGCGACGCCGGGCCCCGCCGCGCGGUCCGGAGGGCCGCCGGUGCUGCCGCCGCUCACGCCCGCGCCCUCGCACCCGUCGCGGCGGAGGAGGAGGCCCGGAGGCGGCGGUGAGGCCAGCGGCUCCCCGCCGUGCAAGCGGAGGCUUUUCGCCGCGGGCGGCGCCGAGGCGCCGCGAGAGGGCGGAUCUGAGGGCCGCGGCGGCGUGGAGGCCCGCCCGCUGCGGUGCCCGACGCCGCAGCGCCGCGGGGGCGGCAGGGCCACGGCAGCGGAGUGA